CUUUCCAUCCUCACGGUGGUCCGCUCCUUCAUCCGGCGACAUCCUACUUCCUCCCCAUGCUCGUCAUUGCAAAACCUCACUCACUUACGUUGGCUCGUCCGUACCCCCGGCCACUAUCUACCUCCACUUUAACAAGUUUGCUUCGAAUUUGAGCAAAUUUAAGCUUAUUAAGAGAGUAAGAUGGCAUCCACUUUCACAGCCAUGUCAUCAGUUGGCUCAUUCGUUGCACCUAAUGGUCUGGUCAUGGAUAAGAAGCUUUCAUCUUCUUCCAACAGAUUGUCAUCUUUAGCAUCCAUUUCUUCAUCUUCAUUUGUUAGUAGACGAAAUGUUGUUCUUAGAAGAUCUCGUCUGCCCAAGAUUUCUGCAGCAAAAGAGCUACAUUUCAAUAAGGAUGGGUCAGCCAUAAAGAGAUUACAAACUGGUGUGAACAAGCUUGCUGAUUUGGUUGGAGUCACUCUUGGACCAAAAGGCAGGAAUGUCGUUCUAGAGAGCAAAUAUGGCUCUCCCAAAAUCGUUAAUGAUGGUGUGACAGUGGCUAAGGAGGUUGAGUUGGAGGACCCAGUUGAGAACAUUGGGGCUAAGUUAGUAAGACAGGCAGCUGCUAAAACUAAUGACUUGGCUGGUGAUGGAACGACAACUUCCGUUGUUCUUGCGCAAGGUUUGAUUGCUGAAGGUGUCAAGGUGGUGGCAGCCGGUGCAAAUCCUGUCUUAAUCACUAGGGGCAUUGAGAAGACCACAAGGGCUUUAGUAUCUGAGCUUAAGGCUAUUUCAAAAGAGGUUGAAGACAGUGAACUUGCUGAUGUUGCUGCUGUUAGUGCCGGGAACAACAAUGAAGUAGGAAAUAUGAUUGCCGAGGCCAUGAGUAAAGUUGGUCGAAAGGGUGUAGUUACCCUUGAGGAGGGAAAAAGUGCUGAGAAUAGUCUAUAUGUUGUUGAAGGGAUGCAAUUUGACCGUGGUUAUAUCUCACCUUACUUUGUCACUGAUAGUGAGAAAAUGGCAGUAGAAUAUGAGAACUGCAAGUUGCUGCUGGUUGAUAAAAAAAUUACCAAUGCAAGAGAUCUUAUCAACAUCCUGGAAGAUGCCAUUAGGAGCGGAUACCCAAUUUUGAUAAUUGCUGAAGACAUUGAACAGGAAGCUUUAGCAACUCUGGUUGUGAACAAACUUAGGGGUGCUUUGAAGAUUGCUGCUCUCAAAGCUCCCGGCUUCGGAGAACGCAAGAGUCAGUAUCUGGAUGACAUUGCUAUCCUUACUGGAGGUACUGUUAUUAGAGAUGAGGUUGGGCUUUCCUUGGACAAAGCUAGCAAAGAAGUCUUGGGUCAUGCCUCUAAAGUGGUGCUUACCAAGGAUACAACCACCAUCGUGGGUGAUGGAAGCACCCAGGAAGCAGUGAAUAAACGAGUUGUACAGAUUAAAAAUCUCAUUGAGGCUGCAGAACAGGAUUAUGAGAAGGAAAAACUUAACGAAAGGAUUGCUAAAUUAUCUGGUGGUGUGGCAGUGAUACAGGUUGGAGCUCAAACUGAAACAGAGCUUAAAGAAAAGAAAUUGAGAGUAGAAGAUGCUCUUAAUGCAACUAAGGCAGCAGUUGAGGAAGGUAUUGUUGUCGGUGGUGGAUGUACUUUGCUAAGACUUGCUUCUAAGGUGGAUGCUAUCAAGGAUUCACUUGAUAAUGAUGAAGAAAAGGUUGGAGCAGAUAUUGUUAAAAGAGCUUUGAGUUACCCUCUAAAAUUGAUAGCUAAAAAUGCUGGUGUAAAUGGAAGUGUGGUGAGCGAGAAGGUGCUCUCCAAUGAUAACCCUAGGUAUGGAUUCAAUGCUGCCACUGGAAAUUAUGAGGAUCUUAUGUCUGCAGGAAUUAUUGAUCCAACCAAGGUGGUCAGAUGUUGCUUGGAGCAUGCAGCAUCAGUGGCCAAGACAUUCUUGAUGUCCGAUUGUGUGGUUGUGGAAAUAAAGGAACCCGAGCCCGUGCCUGCUGGGAACCCCAUGGAUAAUUCAGGAUACGGCUACUAAAGCAGAUGUUGAAGGGAAACCGAAUAAGGUAUUUAAUCUCCAUGGUAGCAACGAUGAAACCUGUUUAGAGUAGAAUGCUUAUUUUCGUUGUUGAUUAAUUAUUGAAAAAUCCUUAAGAUCCCGGUGUUAUAUAAGAUUUGCAUUUUGCAGUUCAAUGUAACAAUUUUGAACAUCAUUUUUCAGUGAGAGGAAGAAAGUUGGUAUUUA